UCUAUAAAUAUGAUGAGAUGAGGUUGAGAGUCAGCAUCGUCAGAUCUUCUGAUAUUCCUAGACAGCUUCCUAAAGGCACUCAUCACAGAAAGCAAAAAAUGAGCAAACUGGAGUCAGCAAUGGAAACCCUCAUCGAGGUGUUUAAAUACCAUUCUUCAAAAGACUGCAACAAGUUCAUGCUGAGCAAAGGGGAGCUGAAGAAUCUGCUGCGAGGAGAGCUGAACCAGUACCUGGAGGCCAGCAAGGACCCUGCAAAGGUGAAUGAGAUCAUGUGUGAACUGGACAAGAAUAAGGACUGCGCAGUGAGCUUUGAGGAGUUUCUUGUUCUGGUGACUAAGCUGACUGUGUGCGGAGCCGGCUUCUUUCAGGACUACUGUACUCCUGUGAUUAUCACAUGUUGCCAUAGGUAAAGACGGGAAAUUUCACACACU